UGGUGCAGGUCAGCAUGACUUCUUCUCGGGGCUGAGGUGACGUCCGGACUGAGGAUGAAGCUGACGCUGCUCAUUGUGUUUCUGCUCAAGUCCUCCUGGCUGCAUGGAAAUCCCAUCACAGGAGCGGAUCAUGACCUCCACUGUGUGACUGAUUACUUGUUGACCAUCAACUGCACCCUGAACAUCGCUCCAUCGGGAAACACUUCAGACAGCAACGGCUCCUACUGGCUCACUUGCAGAGAAACAUUUGAAGAGGAGGAGUAUUCGUGCAUGCUGACCAGCACCAAAGAGGGUUAUUUCUGCUCCCUCAAAACAUCUGAUUACGACUAUGACACAUCAGAAACAUUUUUCGAUGUGGACAUCUAUGAAAUCUCGCUCUGUCACAUCAGAAGUAAUGGCUCUAAAAUCUGUUCGGUGCUGGAUGAAGCCUUUUCACCUGCGAGAAACAUUAAACCGAACGCUCCGUGCUGCCUCACGUUGAGCCACAACUCAAGUCAACAGCACUUCACAUGGAUGAGCACCUAUGAGGCGUACAGUCAUUUCACCCCUCUGUUUGAGAACCUGCAGUAUCAGCUCCAGAUCUACAAAAAUGGAGACAAACACGAGGACAUACCACAUGGCAUUAACACAAACAGCGAACACUAUUCUGUGGAUGAAGAGCAAUUUCCGCCAGACACCGACUACGUUGCCAGAGUACGGUCCAGGCCUAAUAUGGGCUUUUACAGGGGGCAGUGGAGCGACUGGUCCGUUGAGGUUCACUGGAGGACUGCACCAGCCGUGGAAGAUUCCUCAGCAAAUGCAUUCGUCGCUGAAGUGGGCAAGAAGGUGUUCAUCCCCUUGUGUGUGAUGGUGCUGCUCGUCUUGCUUCUGUGCUACGCUCCGGUUAAAAAGUGGAGGCAAGGGGCCUUUAUUCCAACUCCAGCUCCCUAUUUCGACACACUGUACAAAGACUGCCAGGGAGAUUUCAAGAGCUGGGUGGUCACACAAGACAGCACAGCAGCCAUGACGAAAACAGAGGAAGUGCUGCACAUCAACACCCUGACAAAGUGUGCAGACGUCCAGCAGAAGAAAGAGGAGGAGGACGAAGAAGAGCGUCACGUUCACCUGCAGCUGAUGGAGGGCAGCGGCUACAGCAACAUGACGAUCCCAGCGUGCGACCAAGUUCUGCUGGGCUUCCCGUACGCCGUCAGCACCAUGGCUCUGCACUCGGAUCAGAAGGACGACCUGGAAAGUCUAACCCUGUGCUCGGAGCCACGGAGUCCCGCUGGGGACUCGGGCUGUUGGCUCAGCAGUGACUCGUCUCUGGAGAAAGAGCCUCCCUGGUACUGCAAUGAGUACUGCACCCUGAGCGCCUUCCAGCAGUCUGGGUCUGUCACAGCAGAGCGCUGUGGGAGCUUGUAAACAAACGGCCACUGACUGAAGAAGCUGGAAAUUCUGUUUUGUUGUAAAUAGAGAGUGAGAGGAUGAAGAUGAAUUUUAAAUCAUGUAAGUGGUUAAGCUCAGUGGCACACAUUUAUGGAUGUAAAUGUAACGCUUCUACACGGUCCUGCUGCUGAAAGCUCCAAGUAAACACAGUUCAUCUUCAUUUUUGUUGUCACAGUGCAGAAGAUAUUUGGCCAGUUGGGCAGCAACUAACAAUUAUAUCCAAUUAUUUUCUUAAUUAGUUAUUUGUUUGCUCUACAAAAUGUGAGACAAUUGUGAAAAAUACAGAUGAGUGUUUCCCCACACGUCUUGAUUGGUCCACAAUUCAAAAAGUAUUACUGUCAAAGAAAAGUGAAGAAAACAUUCAAAAACAAGGAGCUGGAAGCAGAACAUUUCCUUUGUCUUUAAAAGAUUCUCAAGCUAAACAACAAAAUAGCCGAUGCUUAAUUUAACAGUGGACGACUGAUGAAUCACUGCAGCACUAAUGGCCGUUUUAAUUAAUAUAAUUAACGGGCUCUUGUACAAUUGUAGCAUGUUUCUUAGUAUUUUUUUGCAUAAUUUACAUGAUAUAAAAUAUUAACUGCAUAACUUUGUGCUUAUGUUAUGAUUUUGUCAAGAGUUGGGCUGAAAUUAAAUUAGUUCUGUCACUUAUUUGCUUAAUUAGUUGUUUGCUCUAUAAAAUGUCAGAAAAUUGUGGAAAGUGUUUCCUGAAACCCAGCAUGACAUCCUCCAAUGUGUUGUUUUGCACACAACCAAAAAAUAUUAAGUUUAAGUUUGGAAAAAAACCCUGAAAAUAUUCAAAUAUAAGCACCAGUGAAAUUUUACUAUAAAAAAAGACAAAUCCAUCAUAUAGCUCAUAAUUAAUAAGCAGCUCUAUUGGCUCAGAUGCAUUUCUUAGCAUUUUGCAUCAUUUCCAUCAUGUAAACUAUUAACUGCAUAACUUUGUGUUUGUGUUAAGUGACUAUAUUUGUCAGAAACUGCAGCUAAAACAGGUCUAAAAGAUCUGAACUUUUCUCUCAAUGUUUGUGACUCUGUUUCGUUUCAUGCUAAGAAGGAUUCUGUACAUAUUUCCUCUCAUUUAUAAUAAAGAAACUACCACGUUUUGUA